AUGCCGGCCAUCUUUACUUCUAACAGUGCUAAGCCAGCUACGGCAGAGGAAGCUCCCGGCCUGCGCCUGCCCGACAGUGCCUCCCACUCACCUGCUGUCAAGGCUUUCCCCAGUGACGCUGCCCUCCCUCGCCAAAGCCCUGCGCCGCCUGCAGGUGUCUUCCGACAGCGUCUGCCCGCAGUCGCCUCCUGCCGACUCCAGGAGCCCCCCUCGCCAGGGAGCGGGCGCCGUCUUCCUCACGCAGGCCUGUCGUCGCAGCCGCAGCUCACGGUGCGCCCUGAGAGGCGGCGGCGGAAGGCGGGGAGCGGGGUCUGCGGUGUGCCGCAGCAUGGACGGGCUGCAUCUGUGGUGGGCUGUCGCGUCCGCAGCGGCGGGAGGCGGGUGUCCGUGCGCAGGGCGGACCUCCAAGGCUGCCGUCGGCAGGUCUCCACAGGGAACAACUUCGUCUUAAAGUCAACUCAUGAAAGUUCUACUUGGUCCAUGUCUGCAUAUAUCUGCUGCUUUCUACCUCCAGGGUCACAUGAGGCAGGAAGACUGGCUAAAUCUAUCUCCCCAGAUUCCUUCUCAGGGGAAGAUGUAGCAGAUGCCGAAGCUGUCUGGGUUAGUCUUGUCUGGAUCAUAUUUUUUUGCCUUUUCAUGUUGACAGGUGCUAUUGACUGUCAGCUGGGAGGGCCAAAAUUUUCACUUGCUACUGGCCUUUCUUUACUGGGGCAACUGCGACCCCUAGUGGCUUGUUUUGGGUAAUAGCGUGUAGAGUGGGUCUUUGUGUCUUGCCUGGCCGGAAGGGAGAAAUUUCCCUUUCUGUGGGCGGAAUUUGUCUCAGGCUGCUUCUCUGCUUUCGCAGCGCCCGGUGGGGUAAUGGAUGGGGGGGCUUCUUGACUGUUUGCCUCCGUGAGGGGUCUCAGAGCUGUUGCCCAGGGGGUUAGUGCACCCGGUUUUCCCUGUAAUUUCCAGCUGCUGUACUGUGACCUGGGUUGUUUCCGUCAAGCUGUUAAGUCCCUGUCCCUUUAAGACUUUCAAAAAGCCCCCGCUUUUCUUUGUCACAGGGGCAUCAGCUUCAGCACCCGCUCAGACGUCUUACUCCCUGUUCCCCCAGUAUCCAGGGCCCCCUGGGCAUGUACUGUGUCUGCGCUCUGGCCCGGAUGGCUGGGGCUGGGUGUUCGGCAGUCCUGGGCUCCGUCUCCCUCCCGCUCUGCCUAUUCUUCUCCCGCCGGGAGCUGGGGGGGAGGGGCGCUCGGGUCCCGCCGGGCCGGGGCUUGUAUCUUACCCCUUUCACCAGUCGCUGGGUUCUCGCUGGUGUAGCUGCAGUCUGGCCACUGUCCUGCGUCUUCUGGUCUCUCUUUUAGGGCUAGUUGUGUUUGUUGUAUUUUCAAAAGUAUAUAUGUUUUUGGGAGGAGAUUCCCACUGUCCUACUCACGCCGCCAUGUUGGCUCCGCCCUUCCAGAAGUGACUCUUAAGAUAAUAUCUUCAUGGCAGGGAUUUCUUCAAGCAAUCGUCGUGCUCAUCUCUGGCUUUUUAACAGUGCAUCUUCAGUACCCUUUUUGGACUCCAGUCUGCUCACACUCCUGACAAGUUUUCAGAUAAAAACUCGGAUUCUCUUCACUUCUUUUCUCAUCUCGUUACUGAGGCUCAGAGUCCCCGGCCGGGCCACUACGGGUCAGGAGGGGCCGUCGCCGUCGGCACGUGAACCAAAAAAAAAUCUUUAUUUAAAAAAUUAUAUGUACAUUUUCUAUGAAGAAUAAAUUAAUCUUAAAACAUUCCAUCAUAAACUGUUAUCAGUGUUUUAUUUAAAUCAUCUCUCUUAACUAAAUCAUCUUUGUUAA